AUGGUUUCUUUUACCAAGUACGUUGGCCUUGUUGCCACUACGUUCGCUACAGUGCAAGCUGCUACAUAUAAUGUGAAACUCGACUAUGAGCAGUAUGUGGAUGUGUUCUACCACUUCAAAUCCGGCGGCGUCUCUGUUGAGGCGGUUUCCGAGGGUUUGAAGGUGACCGCACCAGACUGUGAGGCCUUACAGUCCGGUAUGAUCGUUGUCUCAAAGGAUGGCUCGAAGAACAACAUCCUAGUGACCUGGAACCAGUACGGUGUUUUCCACCUGCAACACGAGGGCGCAGACUUGACGUGGAACGAAGUCAGUCCACAAACCUGUGGUACGCCUUCUGGCUCUUCUUCGAUGGCCUAUAGUUCAACUGUAUCGCAGUCCAGUGCCAUUUCUGCUCCCCCAGACUACACCUUAUCCGCCAGCACAUACACCACCACGGUCAAUGGUUUGGAGACGCAAUACGUCACGUACUGCCCGAUCUCGACCGCGUACUCUACUCAGACAUACACCUCUACUGCUCCUGGUGGCGCCGCUACUACCUUAACCGUUGUUUCUCCAACCGCCGAGAUUGUUGUGUCCAGAUACACUCAGACCAUCACGCAGACUUUGACGUUAUGUGAAAAGAAAGAUGCGUGUACCGCCACUACUGUUAGCGUCGGCGAGACCUACACUGAUGUGAAGUUGACGAGAACAGUUGAAUCUGCUCCAGUGAGCACAAUCUCCAGUACAUAUGGUAGCUCCGCCGUAGCGCCAUUGCACACUGAGUCCAAGCCGGGCUUCUCGCUGUCCGCCAGCGUCUACACCACCACCAUCGACGGCUCUGUCACCGAGUAUACCACGUACUGCCCAGUGUCGACCAUCUACAACACAGCGGUUUUCACGUCUAACAGACCAGAAGGCCCAACUACCAUUCAAGUCACCUCUCCUAUUUCUGAAGUGGUCGUCUCGAAGUCCUUGUCCACCCUCACCAAGACGGUGACUCUAUGCCCUGAGUCCAAGGCAUGUGUUGUCACCCCAACUAUUACCAACUCGCAUGUGGAAGUUACUGUAACACGGCCAAUUGAGACCCCGGCCCCAACAUCUGAAGAGGACACGACCACCACCAUUGAGUCGAUUAUCUACAUCACCUUGACCGAUGAUUCCGGCACGUCUGUGGUCUCCAUUCCAAAAACAGCAUUGUCUACUAUCUCGCAGGCCACUACUCCAGCUCCAGAGGCUCCAAAGUCCUCUGCUCCAGCUCCAGAGGCGCCAAAGACCACUGCUCCAGCUCCAGAGGCUCCAAAGUUUUCUGCUCCAGCUCCAGAGACUCCAAAAUCCUCUGCUCCAGCUCCAGAGGCUCCAAAGUCCUCUGCUCCAGCUCCUGAGGCUCCAAAGUCCUCUGCUCCAGCACCUGAGGCUCCAAAGUCCUCUGCUCCAGCUCCAGAGGCUCCAAAGUCUUCUGCUCCAGCUCCAGAGGCUCCAAAGUCUUCUGCUCCAGCACCUGAGACUCCAAAGUCUGCUCCAGCUCCAGAGGCGCCAAAGAGCACUGCAUCAGCCCCGGCCCCAGUUCCAACCGUGCAGACCCAGGCGUCCUCCACGCCGGAGCCGACCGUGACCGUGCCAGUUCCUGAGCCGUUCGAGGGCGCGGCCGCUCGUCGCUCCGUCGGCGCGCUGGCCCUCGCAGGUGCAAUCGUCGCUGCACUGCUCUAA